ACAGCACCAGCAGCAGCUCCCUCCCUCUCUCUCUCUCGCAUCGGAAAUCGGAAUCUCGAGCAGAACAUCUCCGGCCAUCGCCAUGUCUCAGGUGGACAACCGCAAUUCUUCAGCCGUCAAGCGCGCCAGAACGGACGGUAGCCGCAGGGAAGAUGAUUGGACUUGCCCUAGUUGUGGAAAUGUUAACUUUUCGUUCAGAACAACGUGCAACAUGCGAAAUUGCACUCAACCAAGGCCAGCGGAGCAUAAUUCGAAAUUUGCCAUGAAGCCCAUGCAAGCACCCCAGGGUUUUUCCUCCGCAUCACCAUACAUGGGUCCUGGGUCUCCUUCCUCUAUGUUUAUGGGUGUGCCACCCUAUGGUUCUUCUAUUUUCCAUGCGCCCUCCAUUUCUCCAUAUGAGGUACCUUUUCCUGGGGGCUCUGCUUAUCCUUACAAUUAUGGCAGCCGUCUUUCUCCUGGCAGCCCUUACAGAUCACUACACCUAUCUGGACCAGCACCAUAUUCAAGUGGACCCAUGAUGGGAAAUGGAAUGUAUGGUAUGCCCCCUAUGAUGGAGCGAUACGGAUUACGUUUGCCCAUGGCACCUAGUGGUAUGGGACCAAGGCCAGGCUUGUAUCCAGAUGAUAAAACUCAAAGAAAAGAUGCAACACGAGAUGAUGAUUGGACUUGCCCGAAAUGUGGAAAUGUCAACUUUUCCUUUAGAAUAGUUUGCAACAUGAGGAAGUGCAAUACUCCAAAGCCUGGAUCCCAGGUUUCAAAGUCUGAUAAAAGUUCGAAACAAAAAAUGCCAGACGGAAGCUGGAAGUGUGAGCAAUGUGGAAACAUAAAUUAUCCGUUCAGAACAAAAUGUAAUAGACAAAACUGUGGGGCUGACAAGCCUGCUGAACCUGAAAAGUCCCCUUCCCAGGACAAGGAUGAAAAUGAACAGUGAGUACUAGGACAUACAUGAGGGUUGAGAAGGUCCAGAGUUGUCGUCCAGCAUUGCCCAGUAUGGUUGUCUCAAAGUCAGUCUUGUUGUCCUCGUGUUGCAGUUGUUUUCAAGUUACUCAACCUUCCCAUGAAGUGUGCAGGUCAUUGUAAUGGUAUGGUUUGUCUUUGUGGAUCUGUUUGAUGAAUAAGGUGCCAGCCAUUUAGCAUUGGACGUAUUAUCGAGGUUGGUUCCAGUUGUCGUAGGUCAUUAUGCUCCUGCAACUAAGUUCUCAUUUCCAGUUGGUGCAAUAAUACCAAUGUACACUUGGUCUUUGUCGCUGGUUAAGAUAGGGGUAGGGUGUUACUUCUUUUCCUUGGUUCAGUUAUUAUUUAUGUGGUGAAGUAUUUUCAUUGUCGAAAGUCUGGAAUUUAUGAGUUUCGAAUUGUAGUGAAGUCAUUUGUCUCUA